GAAAAAUAAAAAUCCACAAGCCUAAACCCUAGACCGACCAUGGCUUCUGAAACUUACCAAUCCAAAAAUGUAUGCGUGAUUGGAGCUGGACCCUCAGGGCUUGUAGCUGCAAGGGAGCUGAGGAACGAAGGUCACAGGGUGGUGGUGCUGGAACAAAACCAUGAUGUGGGAGGGCAGUGGCUGUACGACCCAAAUGUGGAGGGAGAGGAUCCCUUAGGAAGGGCACCUACCCUGAAGGUGCAUAGUAGUCUUUACACGUCUUUGAGGCUCAUGUUACCAAGAGAGAUCGCGGGGUUCACUGACUUUCCAUUUGCAGUCAAGAAAGGUAGGGACAUGAGGAGGUUUCCUGGCCAUACGGAGCUUCUUUUGUACCUCAAGGAUUUUUGUGAUUGGUUUGGGUUGAGGGAGUUGAUACGGUUCAAUACGAGGGUUUCAUAUGUGGGGAUGUUGGAUGGAGAUCAUGCAGGUGGUUGCAAAGAUUUGAAAUGGGUUGUGAGGAGUGUGGAGAAGAAGACCGAGAUUUUCGUGGAGGAGGUGUUUGAUGCGGUGGUUGUGGCCUCCGGCCAUUACUCUAAGCCAAGGUUGCCGUCCAUUAAAGGAAUGGAUGCAUGGAAGAGGAAGCAAAUGCAUAGUCACAUCUACAGGGUUCCGGAGCCAUUUCGUGAUGAGGUUGUGGUGGUGGUUGGAAAUUCAGUAAGUGGACAAGAUAUAUCAAUGGAACUAGUGGAUGUGGCCAAGGCAAUCUAUCUCAGUGCCAAAUCUCUUGACAUAUCUGAGGGCUUGUCCAAAGUAAUUUCCAAACACGAAAACUUGCACCUUCGUCCCCAGAUAGAGUCACUCCAAGAAGAUGGGAAUGUAUUAUUUGUGGACGGUUCUUGGGUCAUUGCAGACACUAUCAUAUACUGUACUGGGUAUUCAUACACAUUCCCCUUUCUUGACACCAAAGGAAUAGUUACUAUAGAUGAUAACAGAGUGGGCCCUCUGUAUGUGCACACCUUCCCUCCAUCACUUGCACCCUCUUUAUCCUUUAUGGGAAUUGCAACAAAGAGCGGUGCUCGUCGUAGUCUCUUCUCUCUGCGCCGGCGAAUCCAUCACUCAUGGUGCUUUUCAUGGCUUCCAUGGCCGACUAGUAAACCCGUCUCUGCAAUCUGAUUUGGUUUCAGUGUUUCAGAAUGGAUUGAUCCCAAAGAACUGUGGAACGGGAGGAGAGGAGAAGGACAUAAGACGAGUGGAACUGUGGAACGGGAGAGAGAGUUCUCUUGUGCAAAUUUGAAAAAAAUAAAUAAACUUGAUGCUUGUCGCACGAUGUACUACGAAUGAAGAGGAUUGGUUGAUCCCGAGGAACCAAUCCCGAGGAUCCGGAUAGAUAUGAUCCGGAGACGAUUCUAAUCUGUAAUGAAUUUAGUAGAUCUCUGUGAAAAAUGAUAUUUAUCAAUCGACAAAUCUGAUCUAGAUCAUAGGGUUCCCUUUCUUUGAGUCCCAAGCAAAAUGGAUAGCUCAACUACUCUCUGGCCAAACAACAUUGCCAUCAAGGGAUGACAUGAUGCAUUCCAUCAAGGAGUUCUACCACUCAAGGGAAAUUGCUGGCA